GGAGAAGUAAAAAUUAACACGCAUCCGAGAUAGUUUUAUGAGACUGCAAAACCAGCCAAGGAGGAGAAUGAUGGAGCUUUUGAACCAAAGCAGUUUCUGGUAAAAUGAACGGAACAUGCUGUUAAGUGGGUAUUGCCAAAUUACUUACUGCACAACAAAUAGGAAAUAACGACAAUGAAGGUUGACAGGAGCAAGUUAAAGAAAACCCCCACAGAAGCUCCUGCUGACUGCAGGACACUUAUAGAGAAGCUCAAGGCAUGCAAUGAUGACCAACUGCUAGUAGAAUUGCAGCACAUCAAAACCUGGAAUAUUGGCAAGUGUGAGCUGUACCACUGGGUAGACCUACUAGACCGCUUCGAUGGCAUUCUAUGUGAUGCAGGCCAGACGGUGGAGAAUAUGUCAUGGCUUUUGGUGUGUGACCGGCCAGACAAUGGGCAGCUCAAGGCCUUGCUGCUGGCGGUGCUCAACUUCACAGCCCUGCUCAUUGAGUACAGCUUCUCCAGGCAUCUGUACAGCUCCAUAGAGCACUUAACCACCCUGUUAGCGUCAUGUGACAUGCAGGUGGUCCUGUCUGUCCUGAACCUGCUCUAUGUGUUCAGCAAGCGCUCCAACUACAUCACAAGACUGGGCUCAGAUAAAAGGACCCCUCUACUGGCCCGCCUGCAACACCUGGCUGAGAGCUGGGGAGGAAAGGAGAAUGGCUUUGGUCUAGCUGAAUGCUGCAGGGACCUACCUAUGGCAAAGUAUCCCCCCAGUGCAACCACAUUACACUUUGAGUUCUAUGCUGAACCAGGCCCUGAAGUUAAAGUGGAAAGAAAGCAGACUAGUAGUAAUACGCUACACUAUAUUCACAUUGAGCAGCUUGACAAGAUUUCAGAGAGUCCUUCUGAGAUCAUGGAGUCGCUGACAGUGAUGUACAACAUCCCUAAAGACAAACAGACCCUGCUGUUCACGCACAUCCGACUAGCCCACGGCUUCUCCAAUCACAAGAAGAGGCUGCAGGCUGUGCAGGCCCGACUGCAUGCUAUCUCUAUACUGGUGUACUCAAAUGCACUCCAGGAGUCAGCCAAUAGCAUUCUAUACAAUGGCUUGAUAGAGGAGCUGGUGGAUGUACUACAGAUUACAGACAAACAGCUUGUGGAUAUAAAGGCAGCAUCUUUGCGCACUUUAACUUCAAUUGUCCAUCUGGAGAGGACGCCCAAGCUCUCCAACAUAAUCGACUGCACCGGCACUGCUUCCUACCAUGGUUUUCUGCCUGUGUUGGUUCGCAACUGUAUACAGGCAAUGAUUGACCCUCUGAUGGAGCCCUACCCACAUCAAUUUGCCACCGCACUCUUCUCCUUUCUCUACCACCUGGCCAGUUAUGACUCUGGAGGGGAAGCCCUGGUCUCUUGUGGCAUGAUGGAAGCUCUCCUCAAGGUGAUUAAGUUCCUGGGCGAUGAGCAGGACCAGAUUACAUUUGUGACACGGGCAGUGCGUGUAGUGGACCUAAUCACCAACCUGGACAUGGCUGCCUUUCAGUCCCACAGCGGCCUUUCCAUCUUUAUCUGCAGACUGGAGCAUGAGGUGGACCUGUCAAGGAAAGAGUGCCCUUUUGUCAUCAAGCCAAAGAGCCAGAGACCCAUCACAGCAGUGGAGUCUGAAGACAUGGACACAGACAUGGACAUGUCAGAAGUUGCCAUGGAAAGCAGCCCCGGCCCAUCCACAUCUUCUGGCUCUAGACCAGAGGUGGACAACCGAGCACAGAGCGGCACUGCUAACAUGCCCCGUGCAGGAAUGCAGUGUAUCCCCCAGAGGGCAGCUCUGUUGAAGUCAAUGCUAAACUUCUUAAAGAAAGCCAUCCAGGAUCCUGCCUUUUCUGAUGGCAUCCGCCACGUAAUGGAUGGGUCCUUGCCUACCUCACUUAAGCACAUCAUCAGUAAUGCUGAGUAUUAUGGCCCUUCACUCUUUCUACUGGCGACGGAAGUUGUGACGGUGUUUGUUUUCCAGGAGCCAUCCCUGCUCUCCUCCCUGCAGGAUAACGGUCUCACUGAUGUCAUGCUGUGUGCCCUACUCAUCAAAGACGUUCCUGCCACACGUGAGGUGCUGGGCUCUCUUCCCAAUGUGUUCAGUGCCCUGUGCCUGAACGCAAGAGGCCUGCACUCCUUUGUUCAGUGUCAGCCCUUUGAGCGCCUCUUCAAGGUGCUGCUGUCCCCAGACUAUCUGCCUGCCAUGCGAAGACGCCGAAGCUCUGACCCAUUGGGCGACACUGCAUCAAACCUGGGCAGCGCUGUGGAUGAGCUCAUGAGGCACCAACCCACUCUGAAGACAGAUGCCACCACUGCCAUCAUCAAGUUAUUGGAGGAGAUUUGUAACCUAGGCCGUGCCCCAGAGUACAUCUGCCAGAAGCCGUCUAUCCAGAAGGCAGAUGGCACAGUGGCGGUGCCCCCAGCUCGCUCUAGCCAUGCUGCUGAGGAGGCCUCCAGUGAGGAUGAGGAAGAGGAGGAGGCCCUCCACACCUUCAGUCAGCAGCAGGGGGAGCCAGAGAGCAACAGACAGUCAGUGCCAGUUGAACUGGUUGUUGGCACUGAGGAACGGAUACCCAUCCCCCUAAUGGAUUACAUUCUUAAUGUGAUGAAGUUUGUGGAGUCCAUUCUUAGCAACAACACCACAGAUGACCACUGUCAGGAGUUUGUCAACCAGAAGGGUUUGCUGCCUCUUGUUUCCAUCCUGGGCCUUCCCAACCUGCCUAUAGACUUUCCCACUUCUGCUGCUUGCCAGGCUGUGGCUGGUGUCUGCAAGUCCAUACUGACCUUGUCUCAUGAGCCCAAGGUACUCCAAGAGGGCCUGUGCCAGCUAGACAGCAUUUUGACAGCCCUGGAGCCUCUCCACCGGCCCAUAGAGGUGCCAGGGGGCUCUGUGCUACUCAGAGAGCUGGCUAAUGCUGGUCACGUCACUGACGCCACACUGUCUGCCCGGGCCACACCAAUGCUACAUGCACUCACUGCUGCGCACGCCUACAUCCUUAUGUUUGUCCAUACCUGUAGAGUGGGACAGAGUGAGAUCAGGGCAAUUUCAGUGAACCAGUGGGGCUCCCAGCUAGGCCUAAGCGUCCUCAACAAGCUGAGCCAGCUGUAUUGUUCUCUGGUGUGGGAGAGCACUGUGCUGUUGUCCCUCUGCACACCCAACAGUCUGCCUCCUGGUUGUGAGUUUGGCCAGGCUGACAUGCAGAAACUGGUACCCAAAGAAGACAAGCCAUCUGGCAGCACUAUGGCAACCACCACCUCUAGCUCUAGGAGAGCUGCUGACUCAGAGGCAGUGUCUGUGGAUUCAUCUGCUGGGGGACUCCUGGAAGGCAUGGGCCUAGAUGGGGACACGCUGGCCCCCAUGGAAACAGAUGAACCCACCAACACUGACCCCAAAGCCAAGUCUAAACUAACACCUGCUAUGGCAACCCGUAUCAAACAGAUCAAACCACUACUCUCAGCUUCAUCUCGUCUAGGCAGGGCUCUGGCUGAGCUCUUUGGGCUGCUGGUCAAACUGUGUGUGGGCUCCCCUGUGCGCCAGCGCCGUUCCCAUCAUGCCACCAGUACUGGCACUGCCCCUACGCCUGCCGCCCGUGCUACUGCCUCUUCCCUUACCAAGCUGCUCACAAAGGGCCUGAGCUGGCAGCCCCCACCCUACACCCCCACCCCUCGCUUUAGACUGACUUUCUUUAUCUGCUCGGUGGGCUUCACGUCUCCCAUGCUGUUUGAUGAGAGAAAAUACCCAUACCACCUCAUGCUCCAGAAGUUCUUCUGCUCCGGAGGGCAUGACGCCUUGUUUGAGACAUUUAACUGGGCCCUUUCUAUGGGUGGUAAAGUGCCUGUAUCUGAGGGACUGGAGCAUGCCGAUCUCCCAGAUGGAACAGGGGAGUUCCUGGAUGCAUGGCUAAUGCUGGUCGAAAAGAUGGUGAACCCUAGCACUGUGCUGGACUCCCCUCACUCUCUGCCAGCUAAGGUGGCUGGGGUCACCCCCACCACGCCCCAGUUUAGCGCCCUGCGAUUCCUCAUUGUUACUCAGAAGGCUGCGUUCAAUUGUAUCCGCAGCCUGUGGAACAGGAAGCCUCUGAAGGUGUAUGGAGGCCGGAUGGCUGAAUCAAUGUUAGCCAUCCUCUGCCACAUCCUGAGGGGUGAGCCUGUUAUACAAGAGCGUCUUGCCAAGGAGAGAGAGGGCACUGUGCGGCCAGAAGAGGAGGGGGCCACCACAGGCCCUGUGGCUCCCAGCGGGGCCCCUGGAGCAGCCACACCAACAGGAGAAGGAUCAGCAGCUGCCAGAACUGCCUCUGCAGGACCGGCAGGAGGGUCGGCUGAUGACUCCACCAACUCCACUCCUCGCAGAGAGCCUCAGGUUAACCAGGCCCAGCUCACACAGCUGAUGGACAUGGGUUUCUCGAGAGAGCAUGCUAUGGAGGCCCUGCUUAACACCAGCACUAUGGAGCAAGCCACUGAAUACCUGCUUACACACCCUCCACCCCUUCUCAGUGGAGCCGUCAGGGACCUUACCAUGUCUGAAGAAGACCAGAUGAUGAGGGCCAUCGCCAUGUCACUGGGACAAGAGGUCAGCAUGGAGCAGCGCUCGGACUCCCCCGAGGAGGCAGCUCGUCGACGUGAGGAGGAGGACAAGCGAGCCAGGGAGAGGGCGGAGGAGGAGGAGGCUCGCUGUCUGGAGCGUUUCAUGGAGGCCGAGCCCUUAGACCCACAGGAGCUGCAUACCUUCACUGACUCCAUGCUGCCAGGCUGCUUCCAUCUGCUGGAUGAGCUGCCCGACACAGUCUACCGACUCUGUGACCUGCUGAUGACAGCCAUAAAGAGGAGCGGUCCAGAGUACAGAGAUCUCAUCCUUGGCCAGGUUGUCGACCAGGUGUGGGAUGCAGCAGACGUGCUGAUCAAAGCGGCUGUGCCUCUGACAACAAGUGACACAAAGACGGUGUCUGAGUGGACCAGACAGAUGGCCACACUACCCCAGGCUUCUAAACUGGCAACUCGAAUUCUGCUGCUCACGCUGCUCUUUGAGGAGCUCAAGCUGUUGUGUCCCACAGUUGUGGAGAAGAGUGGGAUUCUUGAUUUGCUGAUUAAACUGCUUGAGGUGGUGCAGCCCUGUCUGCAAGCUGCCAAAGAACAGAAGGACAUUCAGACACCCAAAUGGAUCACCCCAGUGCUGUUGCUCAUUGACUUCUAUGAGAAGAUGGCUGUCUCUUCCAAGCGCAGAGCACAAAUGAACAAGUACCUGCAGCCAAAUGGCAACAAUUGGCGGUGGUUUGAUGACCGCUCAGGCCGCUGGUGCAGUUACAGUGCUUCAAACAACAGCACCAUUGACUCAGCCUGGAGGGCUGGGGAGAGCAGUGUUCGCUUCACAGCCGGACGUAGAAGAUACACUGUGCAGUUUAACACUAUGGUGCAGGUUAAUGAGGAGACGGGGAACAGAAGGCCGGUGAUGCUUACAGUCCAGAGAGUGCCUCGCAUGCCAAAGUCUGCCAAGACUGGCAGCAUGACAGAUUCUGAGAGAGAAGAGGGAGACAGGAGCAAGUCAGAGGAGACCCAGACUGACUCAGCCUUUUCUCAAGCAGAGUCAGGGGCAGGAGUGGAUAUGGGUGCUCCUAAGGAGGACUCUAGCCCAUUGAAGGAGACUUCCUCUGGCCCCACAGCUGUCCUGGACUCUGACCAAACCCAGGACCCUGAUAUUGAGGUGCAGGGUCUGACCGAAGACAUGACCACUGUUCUCAUUCGAGCUUGCGUCAGCAUGAUCAGUGUGCCUGUGGACCCGGACACCCUCCAUGCCACACUGCGACUCUGCUUGCGUCUGACUCGCACCCACCACUACGCCAUGAUGUUUGCUGAGCUGAAGAGCACGCGCAUGAUCUUGGGGCUGACGCAGGGGUCAGGUUUCAAUGGUUUUACCCCACUGGUCACCCUACUGUUCAGACAUAUCAUUGAGGACCCAGCCACACUUAGGCACACCAUGGAGAAGGUGGUGAGAUCUGCUGUGACUAGUGGAGCAGGUAGCACCACCUCAGGUGUGGUGUCAGGCAGCCUUGGGUCCAGAGAGAUAAAUUACAUUUUGCGUGUUCUGGGUCCUGCUGCCUGCCGCAACCCUGAGUGCUUUGCUGAAACUGCCAACAAUUGUGUUCGUAUAGCCCUUCCUGCACCCCGUGGAGCUGGCACAGCAUCUGAUGAUGAGUUUGAGAACAUGCGGAUCAAGGGGCCCAAUGCUGUGCAGCUGGUGAAGACCACUCCCCUCAAACUAUCCCCUCUGCCAUCCAUCCCAGAAACCAUCAAGGAGGUUAUCUAUGAUAUGCUUAAUGCUCUGGCUGCCUACCAUGCACCUGAAGAAUCUGAGCGACCAGAGGAGCGCACGGUUGCAGUGCCUGGUGGCCAGGACCUCUGCCAGAUCCUGCAGGAUGUGGGUGAUGAUGUCUACCAGCAGUACAGACUUACCCGACAGGGCAGUGACUUUGAUUCACAGUCCGCUUUCCAUAUCAAUGCUCAGGUGUUUGCUGCUGAUGGAAGUGUGGCUGAGUCCUCCCAGUCUGGCACUCCACAAGGAGAGGCCUCCACACCAGAAGAGAUGCGGGAGGAGAAAAAGGAGCAGGAGGGAGAAAAGGGUGUCAGCUCGGAGGAGGGUAAAGCUGCAAAGGCUAAGGCCAGCAAGCCUCUGAUGCCUACCUCCACCAUCUUGAGACUGCUGGCUGAGCUGGUGCGCUCCUAUGUGGGCAUUGCAACACUCAUUGCCUCCUACUGCUACACUGCUGGGCAGUCUGAGCUUAUCAAGGAGGACUGCAGUGUUCUGGCCUUUGUGCUUGACCACCUACUGCCCCACACUCAGAAUUCUGAGGACAAAGACACCCCAGCCCUGGCACGCCUCUUCCUAGCCAGCCUGGCUGCUGCUGGCACAGGCACUGAUGCCCAGGUAGCCCUAGUCAACGAGGUGAAAGCUGCCCUCAGUCGGGCACUAGCUAUGGCAGAGGGCACAGAAAAACAUGCCAGGCUUCAGGCGGUGAUGUGCAUCAUCAGCACCAUUAUGGAGUCGUGUCCCUCCACCUCCAGCUUCUACAGUACAGCGGCAGCCAAAACUCAGCACAACGGCAUGAAUAACAUCAUUCGCCUUUUCCUUAAGAAGGGCCUGGUCAAUGACUUAGCCCGUGUACCCCACAGUCUGGACCUGUCAAGUCCCAACAUGGCCAACACAGUGAAUGCUGCCCUGAAGCCUCUGGAGACCUUGUCCCGUAUUGUUAAUCAGCCCAGCAGUCUGUUUGGAGGCAAGAGUGGCUCUAGUAAGAACAAGGCUGAACAUGACACAGUGGGCACAGCCAGGGACAGCAACAGUAACACUCAGGACCAAGGGGAGCCUGGUGAGGCGGAGCCAGUAGAAGGAAGCCACAGGGUGCAGGGCACUGACAGUGACUUGAUGGAUGGAGAGACAGAGGGAGAUACAGUGGUCAUUGCUGGUCAGCCAGAAGUUCUCAGCACACAGGCCAUGCAGGUAGAGAACGAGUUAGUUGAUCUCAUUGAUGAGUUGCUGGAGAGAGAUGCUGGCACUGUCAACAGCACCAUCAUAGUUGGACGCAGUGGUGAGGAUGAAUCACAAGAGGACGUGCUGAUGGAUGAGGCCCCCUCCAAUAUUAGUCAGGCAUCCACUCUGCAGGCUAACCGAGAGGACUCCAUGAAUAUCCUGGAGCCAGAGGACGAGGAACACACGCAGGAGGAAGAUUCCAGUGGCAGCAAUGAUGACGAGGACAGCCAGGAUGAAGAGGAGGAGGAAGAAGAAGAGGAGGAGGAGGACCAGGAUGAUGAAGAAGGAGAUGAGGAUGAUGAUGAUGAAGGCUCGGAGAUGGAGCUUGAUGAGGACUUUCCAGACAUCAAUGCCGCACCCCACAUACGUUUUGAGAGGUUUGACAGGGAUGAUGACCUCAUCAUAGAGUUUGACAACAUGUUCUCCACUACGGCUGACAUCCCUCCCUCCCCAGGCAACAUCCCCAGCUCCCACCCCUUGAUGGUGCGCCAUGCUGACCACAGCUCCCUUACCCUGGGAGCUGCAGGCGCCAGCAGCCGCCUGGCGCAGGGCAUGGGCCGCAGCCAGCGCACAUUGCGCCAGCUCACUGCCAACACUGGACACACGAUCCAUGUCCACUACCCCGGCAACAGGCAGCCCAACCCCCCACUCAUCCUGCAGAGACUGCUGGGCCCAAGUGCAGCAGCAGACAUCCUGCAGCUGUCAAGUUCCCUGCCCCUGCAGUCACGUGGCCGUGCACGCCUCCUGGUGGGCAAUGAAGAUGUGCACAUCAUUGCACGCUCUGAUGAUGAGUUGUUAGAUGACUUCUUCCAUGAACAGAGCAGCACUGGCGGGCAAGCAGGCACCCUCUCUAGCAUUCCCACUGCCUUAACAAGAUGGACAGAUGAGUGUAAAGUACUAGAUGCUGAGAGUAUGCACGACUGUGUAGCAGUGGUGAAGGUACCCAUCCUGCAGCACCUGGAGAGUCUGCGAGAUGAGGAGCUGGAGGAGCGCAGGGAGAAAAGGAGGCGGCAGCUAGCUGAGGAGGAAGAAGCAAAGCAGAACGAGAGGAGAGCGUCCGGUGCAGAAGAGGCCAGGGAACAGACCCUCCAGGGUUCUGGAUUAGGGACGGUUAAUGGUGCAGAGAACACUGCAGAGGGUGAACAGGCUCAAGGCAGUACAGCAUCAUGUCUGGACCCACCGAGGGUUUCAGAGGGCUUUCUCACUGCUCCCCCAUCAGGAGAAGUCACUCCUACCACGCCUGCUCCUCAUGAACAGGCCCUAGUUUCUCUGGAGACCGCCAUCAGCCAGCAAGUCCACCAGCCAAUCGCUGACCUGCUGCUGGCUGAGUCGCACGCAAACUCCCUGGCCGCUCUGGCUGGGGCAGGUCUCCCAACCUUGGCAGCAGCUGAUAGGCCCAGCAGUGAAGCGGAGGCAUCCCAGAUGGAAAUGUCCCCAGCACCCACAAUCGGUGAGAGAGGAGGAGGUGGUGUUGAAGGAGGAGCGUUGGAUGGAGGCAGGGAAGCCUCCCUCAGUCCGGACAUUGUGGAAACCUCGGAGCCUGCAGCAGUGGGUGUGUCACAACUGGAGGGAUCGCCAAUGGAUACCAGUAGCCCUGCAUCUGCCACACAGGAAGAAGCUGCUCCCAACCCUACCCAGGCUGCCCACUUGUCUCAAGAGCUGUCUGGGAGUGGGGACAGUGGAUUGACUGACAGGCAGACAGAUGCAGAGACUGGUUCCACCUCUGUCUCAUCCCCGGGUGAGACCAUGCCCAGGAGUGACAGUGCUGACAGCCAAUCCCAGGCUAUCCAAGAGGAGCCCCUCCCAUCCACAAGCAAUGAGGAGGAGGACCCACUGGCAGGCAUCAGUCUGCCGGAGGGUGUGGAUCCCUCUUUCUUGGCUGCUCUCCCUGAGGACAUCCGUCGUGAGGUACUGCAAAAUCAGCUGGGUAUCAGACCGCCUUCCCGUCCCCCUGCUGCUUCAACCCUGCCCACUUCCACCGCCCCUGUACUGGGAGGACCUGGGGUCACUGAAGUCAGUCCUGAGUUCCUGGCAGCCCUUCCACCCGCCAUCCAGGAGGAGGUGCUAGCCCAGCAACGGGCAGAGCAACAACGCCGGGAGCUAGCGCAACAGCCGCCUCAGGGAGACACCCCUCUGGACCCAGUCACUUUCAUCCAGACACUGCCCUCAGAACUCCGACGCAGCGUCCUGGAGGACAUGGAGGACAGCGUGCUGGCUGUCAUGCCUCCUGACAUCGCUGCUGAAGCGGCCGCAUUGCGCAGAGAACAGGAGGCCCGGCAGAGGCAGUUGAUGCACGAGAGGCUGUUUGGCCACAGCUCAUCUUCAGCCCUGUCAGCUAUUCUGCGCUCACCAGCCUUCACCAGCCGGCUUGGGAGCAACCGCGGGGUCCAAUAUACCCGUCUGGCCGUGCAGAGAGGAGGAACCUUCCAGAUGGGUGGAGGAACCAACCACAGCAGACCAUCUAAUUCCAGUGUGGACUCUUUACUUCGUCUGCGCGGCCGCCUGCUGCUGGACCACGAGGCCUUGUCCUGCCUGCUGGUGCUGCUGUUUGUGGAUGAGCCCAAGCUGAACACCAGCCGUCUACACCGUGUUCUGAGGAACCUCUGCUACCACUCACAGACUCGUGGCUGGGUCAUCCGCAGCCUGCUGUCUAUCUUGCAACGCAGCAGCGAGAGCGAGGUGUGUGUUGAGACAUCACGCUUAGAAGAUUCUCGUGGAAAGAGGAGCGCUCAGGGAGGUUGUGGAGGAAAAGGGUCAGCCACCUCUUCUCUAUCCACUUCUUCCUCCUCUUUGACAUCCUCCUCCUUAGAGCUAUUAAAUAGGGUAGAGUCUCGCAGUUCUAGCCAGCUCUCCUGGCUCUCUGUUUCCAUGGACGCAGCCCUAGGUUGCCGAACGAACAUUUUCCAGAUCCAGCGAGCGACAGGCAGGAAGCAUGCCGACCGCCACGCUGCUGGGGGGUCAGCUGGACCCGGGUCGUUAGGAGGAGGUGUGUCUGGUGCUUCAGCAGGGGUCACAUGUGCCGGGGGUGGAGGUUCCACUGUACAUAUCCACCCACAGGCUGCUCCAGUGGUCUGUCGACAUGUACUGGACACACUUAUUCAACUGGCCAAGGUGUUUCCCAGCCAUUUCACCCAGCAGCGCUGUAAGGAUCUGUCAUCAUCCUCCUCUGAUCUGGACUCACGUCUCUGUUCAGGCUCAUCUGGGGGAGGGGGUGGCUGUGGGGGCUCCAGGUCAGGUUCCCAGAACAACCCCGGCUCUAACACCUCUUCCAACUUCUCCAGCACCCAGAACUCCUUAGGCUCCUGCACGGCUACACCUCAGUCCCUAGGUAUUUCCACCGACUUCUGGGACCUAUUGGUUAAGUUGGACAACAUGAAUGUGAGCCGCAAGGGAAAAGCCUCCAUGAAGACUGUGCCUCUGGGUGGCAGUGCAGAGGCGGAGGGAGCCCAGUUCAGUCUGGAAGCAUCCCCACUGGGCCAACUGAUGAACAUGCUUUCCCACCCUGUAAUCAGACGCAGCUCCCUGCUCACUGAGAAGCUACUGCGCCUGCUGUCCCUCAUCUCCAUCGCCCUGCCUGACAACAAGGCCAUGGAGGUUCCUAGUGGGCACCCUGCCCCACAGGCUGCUAACCCCAGUACAACUGCAGGCUCAGGGGCAACGGCCCCUGCUGCAACCCAGGGCUCAGCGUCAGCAGGCUCAGUUCAGGCCACUGCAGCAGGCCCAGGGGUUCCUGUGGUAGCAUCAGCCCAGGGCUCAACCUCAGGGACUGUCCUAACAGCCUCCCAUACCUCCUCAUCUACAGCAGCCUCUAUACCAACAUCCACUGGAACCACUUCCACAGGGAAGCAGAGGGUUGCUGCCAGCAGUAUUGAGACUGACACCAAGAUGGCCUCCACUGGACUCACUGAGAAACAACUACAGCUCUCUGUGGAGGUACUGACAUCUCACUCGUGUUCAGAGGAGGGUCUGGAGGAUGCUGCCAACAUUCUGCUGCAGCUAUCCAGAGGAGAUGGAGCGACCAGGGACACUGUUCUAAGAUUGUUGCUCAGUGGGGCCAGACACCUAGGAUAUACUCUCUGCAAACAGAUCGGCACGUUAUUGGCCGAGCUUAGAGAAUAUAACUUAGAGCAACAGAGACGGGCACGUGCCGAGGCCCAGUCCCCUGAUGCACCUCCUGAGGAUUCAUCACUCUCAGCCAGGCUCAAGGGCAAGAUGACCAGCAGGUUUGACGGGGCAGAGAGCGUUGUGAUCGUGGCCGCCCAGAAGCGUACACUGGGGGGUCGUGAGCUGCAGCUGCCUUGUAUGAGCUCCCUGACCUCCAAGACAUCGACGCAGAAGUUUUUCUUGCGUGUGCUGCAGGUCAUCAUCCAGCUCCGUGAGGAUACACGAAGAGCCAACAAGAAGGCCAAGCAAACAGGACGAUUAGGCUCCACCAGCCUGGGUUCAGCCAGCAGCAUCCAGGCUGCUGUGCGUCAACUGGAGGCCGAGGCUGACGCUAUCAUCCAGAUGGUGAGAGAGGGCCAGCGGGCACGCCGGCUCCAACAGGCUCCCCCGCCCACCGCCUCCUCUGCCGCUGUCGCCAAUGCUGCUGGAUCCUCCGUGGUGGCCCCCCAUGCCCCUACUGCCGCUGCCCCCCCUGCCAGCACGGCUGGCGCUGCCACGUCUGAAGUGCCGUCGGGGUCAGAGGCUCAUGCAGGCCAGAGAGAUGACUCUCCCAUGGAUGUAGAUCAGCCAUCCCCUCUAGAGCAGGAUGCUGCACCUCUUGAUGAAGAAGGCAAUGGCCAGUCGGAGAGUGAUGAAAGGCUUCCGGACCUCCCUCUACUUAGUGAGCAGCUGCUAUUAGACGAGCUGUGGGACAUGCUCGGGGAGUGCCUGAAAGAGCUGGAAGAAUCCCAUGACCAACAUGCCGUACUGGUUCUCCAGCCAGCUGUGGAGGCCUUCUUCCUAGUUCAUGCCACAGAGCGUGAGAGCAAGCCCCCAGUGAGAGACACCAGGGAGAGCCAGCUGUCUCACAUAAAGGAUGAGCCACCACCACUGUCUCCAGCACCCCUCACGCCUGCCACACCCUCCUCCCUGGAUCCAUUCUUCUCCAGGGAGCCGUCCUCCAUGCAUAUUUCCUCAAACCUGCCCCCUGACACCCAGAAGUUUCUCCGCUUUGCUGAAACCCACCGCACAGUGCUCAACCAGAUCUUGCGUCAGUCCACCACUCACUUGGCUGACGGGCCUUUUGCAGUGCUGGUUGAUUAUAUCCGCAUCCUGGACUUUGAUGUAAAAAGGAAGUAUUUCCGCCAGGAGCUUGAGCGUCUAGAUGAGGGCCUGAGGAAGGAGGACAUGGCUGUGCAUGUGAGGAGAGACCAUGUGUUUGAGGACUCAUAUAGGGAGUUACACCGCAAGAGCCCAGAGGACAUGAAGAACAGGCUGUACAUUGUCUUUGAGGGGGAGGAGGGCCAAGAUGCUGGCGGUCUGCUGAGGGAGUGGUACAUGAUUAUCUCCCGGGAGAUGUUCAAUCCUAUGUACGCCCUGUUCCGCACCUCGCCGGGUGACAGAGUUACCUACACCAUCAACCCUUCAUCCCACUGCAACCCCAACCACCUCAGCUACUUCAAGUUUGUGGGCCGUGUAGUAGCCAAGGCAGUCUAUGACAACCGGCUACUGGAGUGUUACUUUACCCGUAGCUUCUACAAGCACAUCCUGGGCAAGAGCGUCAGGUACACAGACAUGGAGAGCGAGGACUACCCUUUCUUCCAGGGCCUGGUAUACUUGUUGGAGAAUGAUGUAUCCACGCUUGGCUACGAGCUGACAUUCAGCACUGAGGUCCAGGAGUUUGGAGUGUGUGAAGUGAGGGAUCUCAAGCCAAAUGGAGCCAACAUACUGGUCACAGAGGAAAACAAAAAAGAAUACGUGCAUCUGGUCUGUCAGAUGAAGAUGACAGGUGCCAUCCGCAAGCAGCUGGCAGCCUUCCUGGAAGGUUUCUACGAGAUCAUUCCCAAGAGGCUGAUCUCCAUCUUCACUGAGCAGGAGCUGGAGCUACUCAUCUCUGGCCUGCCUACUAUUGACAUUGAUGACCUCAAGGCCAACACGGAGUAUCAUAAAUAUCAGUCCAGCUCCAUCCAGAUCCAGUGGUUCUGGAGGGCCUUACGUUCCUUUGAUCAGGCGGACCGGGCCAAGUUCCUACAGUUUGUUACAGGCACGUCAAAGGUGCCCCUGCAGGGUUUCGCUGCUCUGGAGGGCAUGAACGGCAUCCAGAAGUUCCAGAUCCACCGUGACGACCGCUCCACUGACCGCCUACCGUCUGCUCAUACCUGCUUUAACCAGCUGGAUCUCCCAGCCUAUGAGAGCUAUGAAAAGCUGAGACAUAUGCUGCUGUUGGCCAUUCAGGAAUGCUCAGAGGGAUUUGGACUGGCUUAAACACUGAGACUCUUAACACAUACAUAAAUGCAUACACACAAUUUAGACUUGCCUACUCCUGACUCAUUCAUACUGAUGAACCAUAAGCAAACGCGUGUAUACACUCACACCCACACACACACACACACACACACAGUAUCCACCAUCAUAGACAUUACUGGAUUACUUGUUGAAUGGCCUAGACUUACUGGUAUCUAAUCCAUAUAAAGACAACAGAUAAACCAGCAAGCAAAAUGAACUGAUUGAAAUUGCCUACUACACACAGAGCCUCAUGUUGACACAACUGUGUCUCCCUUCCCAAUUUAAUGGCAAGUGCAAGAGUGGAUUCAGAGGAUAAAAAUGGACUAAUAUAAGAGACAUUUUCUCCAUUUAGUUUGAUUUCUCUGUACAAAAGGUUUGGGAGUUUAUUAUGUUUAAUCUUUUUUUUUUGUUCUUCUCUGGCUGUGUACAAAAGGAGAAGGUUGUGUGUGAACAGGAUGGUUAUAAAACCUUUGGGGAAAAAUUGUUGGUUGUUUCUUGUUGCUAAUUUGUGACCUCACAAGCCUUGAAGAUGGGGAACAUUUUUAUUGGGGGGGCAACUUGAGAAGUUUUGGAGAUAUUCACAAAAAUGCACUUUUCAAAGUUUUGUGGCAUUUUUAAGGAAGGAUGGUACAAAAAUGAAGAGAACUGAAGGAGCUAAAGAAAUUAACCAUAAAUUCUAGAGUAUUUUUGGCUAUUAAAUCGCUGACCCAGCCGUGAGCCUUUGAAUCAGAGAGUGAAAUAACUACAUGAAUAAAUGCAUAAAAUUGAGUCCAUUGUCUCUUUUAACAGUGUUUUAACAAUCACCUUCGGUGAAUUCACACUCCAUCUAAAACUGCCAGAUAUAAUUAAGCAGUGUGUAAUCACACUUGUGAAAUGUCGAAGUGCAGGUGAAAACGAUCACCCAAAGUUUAUAAACCCCGUGAUAGGUGAACCCUUACUAUCUAGGUUUUCGAAAUAUGAUUUACUUAACAAGAACGCAAUGGUCUUAUCAGGCAACUUCAAAUACCAUCCUUUACUAAUUUUCUUCUGCUCAGCCUUGUGUGAGAUUAAUAGUUGUAACAAGCUUCAGGCCAUAGUGGUAUGAUCAUUGAUUAUCCUAACGACCUACACCUCUAGGCUUAAACAUGUUUAUACCCAGGAUUAUAUCACACAGUUAGCAGUGUCCUUACUUGGCCACUUGUUAAUAAGCUACAAAGUGAAUGUUGACUGAAGAUGUCACAACCGUAUUUGCUCUUUGUGCAACAUGGGUAAAAACGUAUUUAUAUGCAGUUAACUUGAUAAGUGUCAUAGGUGAACACGAGGUCUGCCUCUGUCUUGUCUGUGGGACCUCACCGUAAACUGACAGUUGUCACCACCUUUACCAGACAGGCAGGCUCGCAGCCAUGAUGUGGGUGCAAAGCUCUGUUAGGACUAGAUCUCCAGUGAUCACGAGAAAGAUGCACUUUUAACCAACAGUUUCAUUAAAAUGACGA